UUCUCUCGGCGCUUCAGAUAUCCAAAUCCCUCGCCGCAAGCCUUCCCCUUCAGCCUGCCCGCCGCUGGCGCUGCCCUUCUUCCCCGCCCCCUUCCAUUCCGUCUGCAUCCGUCUUCAUUACCAUUCUUACGCUCGGGCGGUUCGUCGUCUCGAGCUUCCUUCCCGGGAUCGACGACGGCAGGCCGCUCCGCGGUGAUGGCGGGCCGGUCGCUCGCGGAGCCCAGUCUUCGGUCCGCCACUGACGACGACGUCUCUGCCGUGCCCUCUACCACCACGUCGGCUGCGCGCGGUGUGUCUGCCCAAGACGAGGGGCCGGCGAGCGGUGUGCUGGUAGAGUGCAGGAUCUGUCAGGAGGACGGCGACGAGGCCUGCAUGGAGGCUCCUUGCUCCUGCAAGGGAAGCUUGAAGUACGCCCAUCGCAGAUGCAUUCAGCGGUGGUGUGACGAGAAGGGAGACACCGUGUGUGAGAUAUGCUUGCAGCAAUUUGUGCCAAACUACACUGCCUCUUCAAAGCUGUUUCAGCGCGGAAGAAACACGUUUUUCUUCAGUGCUCCUGGCUACAUCCAAGCACGGCCGAUGCAGAACGCGGAUCACUCCGCUACGUCGACAGGCUACGGACACGACCAAACGCCGGAUCCUACCGGCGUACUAUGCUGUCGCAUAAUCGCCAUCGCUCUGAUGGUCCUCCUCGUCUUCCGCGACGCCGUCUCCGUCUUCCUGGGUGACCAAGACGCCUACACCGUUGCAGUGGUCACGCUGCUGAUGCUUAGAACCGCGGCCAUCGUCAUUCCGGUCUACAUCAUACUGGUGGCGGUUACCGAGCUGCUGCACCGACGCCGGCAUCGGCAGGUUGUGCACGGCCAGGCUUCAGAUCAUGCGGCAGAGGAGCGGACGCAGCCGCAGCAGCAUGUCAUCAGCAUUCAGUAGCAGGCUGGCCAUGGCCAUCCAUCCUGGUGUUCUUGCUGUGCUGUCGUCCAGAAUUGUGUUGAUCCUUCGACGAACGACUGAGCUUCAGGUGUGACGUGACGUGCCAGCGAAUAUGAUAUGGAAGAUGACUUGGCUGUAAUCGUAGCUUCAGAACAGCUUUGACUGCACCUGUACAUAGUAGUAGUAGCAGUACCUUAUUUAACUGCUCCCAGCAGCAUUCUAUAGAGAGUUAGAGACCACUGUACGUGACCACCACUUUCUUCGGAUGAAGUUGAAUCAGAGGUAAGGCAAAUUCAGAGCUCCACAGGUUUGUGCACUGGGCGUAGUCAUGGGCUCAUGGCCUCAUGGGGCGGGUCUGAGCUAUGAAACUUCCAAGAAACAUAUGUUGGUCACUCAACCGAGAUACUCAGUUUUAGCGGCCAAGGU